AUGCUCAUUCCACCUUAUCAGAAAUUCCUGAAGGAUGCUGUUCAGCAAAGAACCAGGGAGGCGCAAGGAAUGGUAGUGUUGACUCGUGAGUGCAGUGCAAUCAUUCAGCGGAAGGUCAUCUCCGACAAAAAAGGAAGAUCCGGGGAGUUUCACUUUGCCCUGCAUGUUGGGACCCCUAUCUUUCAAAAACAGCCUCUGCGACCUAGGAUCAUCUGUCAGCCUCAUGCCUUUGUCCGUAGCAAAGAGACUGGGAUAUCACAAGUAUCAAGCCUGCGGAAUCUCACUAGUCUUGGCAGAUAG